AGAGAGAUGGAUACUUCAUCAUCCGUGGUGCAGUGAGAAGCCAGUCAGCUGGGUGUCGGUGCAGCCAACAGUUUCGCAGCUGAAACACAGUGACCCCUCUUCCCUGUCACUCCGCUCCUCAGCUCCGGGAGGCUGCGAGGCGGAGCGGACGGACAGGCGCCCACAGUAAGCAGCACCACUGGCUCACCAGCCGCGUCUUAGCCCGGCGUAUCGCCCCCGGUGCCAACCAUGGGCUGUCCUCCUAUCAUCUGAAUCAGAGAUGUGGUGUUGCACUUUCUUUGUGUGUGUGGGGACUGUAUCUCUCACAUCUUUUCCCCCUCCGGAUCUUUGUUUGUGGACGGCAGGCUGCGGCACACAACGCUCCGUGACCAGGGACUGCUGAAAUCCCUACACUCAUGAGAAGGCAACAGGAAGCAGAUUACUGAGGGAUUAAAUGUGUGUGCACACGUAUGCCGGUGUGCACACGCAUACACACACUUGCACAUACAGGAUACCACAGUUCCAGGAUUUGACCACAGUCCAAGCGACUCCAGAUGAACUUGUCUGUGUGUCUGUCUGACUGACUGAGAUCAUGGAAGAGGAGGAGGAGCCAACAGAUUCUCAGUAAAUGUAAUUAAUUUGUAAUUUAACCCCGCCCCCCUUUCUCUACCUUGCUAUCAAAAGCUUUGAUUGGUCAAUGAGGAUUAAGCACUUAAACACAGCAGAGCAGAGACAGUGAAACACACACACACACACACACACACACACACACACACACACAUACACACACACACAUACACAGAGAGAGAGGAGUGCAGAGGAGAGUUGACUGUCCGCCUGUCGUCCCAUGAUGCAUCUACACGUAAGAGCAGGAUCAGCCACACCAAGGGCUGUUGCUAUGGAUACCUCUGCCCUCGAUAGUAUUAAUAAGACUAUUACUGUUAUCAUAGCAAUCUGAGUUUAAAGAAGAUACACAGAUAGAUUAGACGCGCAUCUCUGCAACAGACUGCAGCAUCUAGAAACAUCUGUGGAGGACAGACAAAUAUAAUCAGCAUCAACAUCGAGCAACAAGGGGAAAAUGUUGAAGGGAGGGAGAAGAAGCUGUCACUUUUAUACAGUCCUUCUUGCCUGCAGUUGUUUUUCUUACAAUUUAAACACAUACCCAUAAGAACACUGAGUAAACCAAAUGUUUGAUUUCUGCCCACUUGGUUUUAUUUAUUUCGAUCCUUUCUGAGACUCCCUUUGAUAUUCAGUGCUCCCAUGCCCUACGCACCACACCAGUAAUUUCAUAUGGGAUGCAUGCUGUGUCCUCAGGCUUGGAAGUCCACGUGAACAGUGAAUGGCUGGUAAAAGCCUAGUAAAAGCUUGAUGUAGCAAGGAUCUGCCCACACAAGGACUGGAAGAGGAGGUGGAGAGAAUGCAUGAAGAAACUUCUUAGGCCUGAAGGUAGUCAUUUAUUUUCUAGCUCACAUGCUGAAUGCAAAUUUGAGUCUUGUCUAAAUGAAAGCAGACAUCCACAUGCACUGAUUAGUCAAAGAAAAACGAGGGUUCUGAUUGGGGUUGUCGACUCAUCAGCAAGAUGCAACGUUGUGUGCAGAACACAAUAAGAAGGUGUUGUUAAUCUAGAGCUUUUGGGGAUCCAUCCAGCUUGAGGAAACCUGAUUGAUCUCCAUCACACCUCUAGUCUGAGCUACCAUGGCCAGACAAGACAGACAAAACACUCCUCUCUUCCUCCAUGGCUUUGACCUCGGCGGUCACUUUGUCGACCUUCGACCUCUUGGCACCGGAGUCACAGGCCUGGUCCUGUCUGCGGUGGACCAGCGUACUGGACAGCGCGUGGCGGUUAAAAAGCUGGUGAUGCGUGACACUGUGUCGGUAAAACACGCCCUGCGGGAGGUCAAGAUCACCCGGCGACUGCUCCAUGAGAACGUGGUCCGGGUCCAUGAGGUUCUGGCUCCAUAUGGACAGCCGCUACCCCGAGACCCAACCCUGCUCAGCGCCAUCUACAUCGUCCAGGAGUGUAUGGAGACAGAUCUGGCUCGGCUCCUGGAACAAGGACCUUUAUCCACAGGUCAUGCUACGUUGCUGUUCUACCAGCUGCUGAGGGGGCUCAAGUUUAUCCACUCAGCAAACGUUCUGCACCGAGACCUGAAGCCUGCUAACAUAUUUAUCAACACAGACCAAUUGCUGCUCAAGAUAGGAGACUUUGGGCUGGCCAGGAUAGUCGACCCUCACUAUUCUCAUAAGGGCUAUUUGUCUGAGGGUCUGGUGACUAAGUGGUAUCGCUCCCCACGUCUGCUCCUGUCCCCCAACAACUACACCAAGGCCAUAGACAUGUGGGCCGCUGGCUGCAUACUGGCCGAGAUGCUCACUGGACGCAUGCUCUUUGCAGGUGCUCAUGAGCUGGAGCAGAUGCAGCUGAUUCUUGACACGGUACCUGUGCUGAGAGAGGAGGACAGGCAGGAUCUCCUACAGGUGAUGCCUUCAUAUGUCAAUCAUGGGUGGAGAGUGAAAAAAACGUUGUCUGAGCUGCUGCCUGAAGUGGAUGCUAUGGCUGUGGACUUCCUGGAGCGCAUCUUGACCUUUAACCCUGUGGAUCGUCUGACGGCAAAAUCGGCACUGUCCCACCCGUUCCUCAAGCAGUACUCCUGUCCACAGGACGAGCCCGUCUCGUCAUAUCCAUUUCGCAUCGAGGAUGAACUGGAGGAUAGCCUCAUCACUGAGCAGAGUCACAGCCACAGCAACAGCAACAGUCAGGCUUCCAGCAUCCACUGGGAUAGUUUGUCAACAGAUGUGUGCUGGCGGCAGUCGGGGGGUGGGUGUCGUUGUAUGCCCCCCAGCCGCAUCGCCUCUGACCUGGGAGACACCACCGAGGACGAGGAGGUGCAGAGGGACCCCCGUGCCACUUCCACAUCACUGUUAGAGGAAGCACAGGUUGACCCACGUAAAUAUUCCCACAGCAGCUCGGCAGAACGCUUUCUGGAAAACUCCCACCCAUCUCUGGAUCGGGCCUGUGGUAUGGGAUACGCCGAGCUAGACUGUGGCCGCUCCUGUGACUACAAAGUGGGCUCUCCCUCGUACCUGGAUAAGAUUGCAUGGAGGGAGGGCAAGCCGCAGCACUACUCAGAGCCUAAGCUGAUCCUGGAUCUGUCUCACUGGAAACGCAACAGUAACAACCUGCCGGUCCCCGCUGAGCCUAUAGGAGGCAGCAUGGAGGACCUCGGAGAGACAAAGGAAGAGGAGGAGAAAGAGGAAGAAGAAGAGGAGGGGGAAACAGGGGAUCUGUUCCAGGAGAUUUCUCGCUGGGUGGAGAGCACCCAGUCGCGUCUCCACUCGCACAGCCCCAGCCCUCCACCGGAACCCCUCUCGCCUUCCUGCUACACCUCCUCUCCCCCUCUGCCCCUCUCCCCAGUUGACCUCCCUGCUCCAGUCUUAAAGCAAUACUCAGAUGGUGUUGGGCACCCGUCGGCUGAUUAUGACAGACUGAGCCCUCUUCCUUUUGUCACCUCCUCCUCUAACUCUCUCCCUUCGCUCCUACCCUCAUCUCCCACCUCCCUGCUUCCCCCCCGGUCACCUCAAUCAACCUCUCCUCCCACCUCGCCUCUUUUUCCUCCACGAGAGUCUCCACCUCUUUCUUCCACCUCAUCCCACUUCCAAGCAGUCGAUGAUGAUUCCUUGGAGUCACUUCCUGUCAAAGAGGAGCAGAAGCUGUUUGAUCUGGAUGUGUUUAUCUCUCGAGCACUGAAACUGUGCAGGCAGACUGAGGAGAAGGUAGACAGAAAGAGAGGAAGACAAGGAGGGAGGAAAGAAGAAGGCAAACCGGCACACAUUAAUCGAAGGGUGCCCAGGUUUCCAGAGCACAGGCCUCCACCACCACAGACUCCCAACUCGUGAUGUUGAAGUUCAGCUCCAAGGCCACCGCAGGUACAGCGUAGUACUUGAUUGCAUUUCCAAAUGCCCACAGUAUUUUACAUGGUGGGUAUCAUUUACUAAAUACGGUUAUGCUGCUUAUAGGUUAGACCUGAGUCUCAGUCUUGGUACAGGGUCUAUUGCAAUGGCACGUUUCGUAACUAAAACCCUCACUUGAACGUGAAAUUCUGCUGCUUUGCCUAGAGGUGCUUUCAGGCAAUAAAAAUGAGAGGUGAAAAAAGCAUUGCAGUUCAAAGUAACAAAGAGUGCUCAAAUUUGCAGCAUACAAAGGAGUUCUUCUAUUACCUUGUGAUAGUGAUGGUGUGCUAUUACCAGUCAAGGGAAAGAUAUGCUUGACUUGACUGACAGCGACUUAUUCUGUCACAAAAAAACCUCUGCAAAUGACUGACAGCGAGCAGUCGGUUUGAUAGGUCGGCCUACUGUGUACUGCAUUACAAUAACUUGCAGAGAGGGUUCACUACCUCUCUGGUUUCAGUUUUCAUGAGAUCUGUUUUUCUAAACAUGAUGCCCACCUGUGGUUCAGUCAGUCAUUUUUUUCAAAUGUUAAACAGUCUUCUGCCACUGAAAUUCACCAAAUAAUAAGUGACAAGAGAAUUUUUCUUUUAUUUGUCAGCUGAUUUUUUUUUUCUUAUAGACACAACAUGGAGUCUGAAUGUAUUUACUGAUAAACAGCUGGUCAUUAUCUGCCACUGGGUCAAUCAUAAGAAUACUGAUGUUAUAUUAUUCACUGUUUUAAUGCUCCCAUAGUGACUAAUAGAGCACUGUCACUGCAGUUUGCCUUGUAUAAAAUCCAAAACUUUGUAAUUAUAUUUAAUGCUAUAGUAUUAUUUCUGAAGAUAAUUGUUGCUAAUAGUCUUUGCUGACUGCUGGAGCACAAAUUUUCAUUAAUGUCGAGUGUGUUUUAAUUUGCUUAAAUGUGGAGUGGUAUGUGAUAAUUAUAGCUAUUGAGCAAACUUGGCUUUAGUUUGAUGGUGAGCUGUUUUAACUAUCACGUAAGUGCAAAUCCUGUCUGCCUGAUGCACCAAACGAGGUCAUCGUCUUCUGUAUUCUUACUGUGUGUCUGAAAAGAUACUGUUUGCCUCUGUAUUAGUCAGCUAUAUAUCUGUCUCCAUUUUGCUCAAUUAUAUUUUAGCCACAGAAAGGAAUAGGCUAAAUGCAAAACAAUGGGACAUACAGUAUAUUUUAAAGCACUAUUACACCCUUUGGAGAAUGUAAUUCCUUUGCAAACUUUUAUAGAGAACAAUUGACAUGCUGCAUACCUAGUGCUUCUAAGUAUUAACCAUAUACAUAUAUGGGAUGGAAAAUAAAAAGCAUAUAUUUUUGAAAUACUUUUCUAUCCAGACUGUUAGACAGUAGACCCUCAGAAUGUCCCUUAUUCUAACAUCCAAUGUCUCCUCGCCAAGGUAAUCAUAUCAAUAUUCAGAACAGAUGCAAUGUAUUACUGCAUAAAGGUUUUACAUACCUGCUGGCCUGUGCCUAAUACAUUAUCAAUCAAGCCCAUGUAGAAUUUACCACACUCAUCCAAAUGUUAAUAAAAAGUGAUAGUGGCUAUAUAGACAUGGCAUCAAAACACUCAUGCAAGGCUAGUGCCAAAAAUACAGUUUCAAAUAUAAGUUUCAUCCCCAGUGCCCAAUAUUCUUUAUUUUAACAUGAACUCAGUAUUCAGUCACAAACUGUGGGCUCAAGUCAUUCCAAGUCUCACUGUUUAACUUGUAAAGCUACACUUUGGCUCUACAUAGAAAACAAACUGAGAGCCGCUAUCCAGAGCAGGGGCUCCAGCAAGGGAGGGCCAUAGCCACAAAACAGAGAUGUCGAGGAAACACUGCCAACACAGCUACAACACCUCAAAAGAAGUUAUCCAUCAUUUGUACAAAGGGCCAAUUGUCUUUUAGUCCAAUAUUUCAUGCCCAUUCAGAGUUAUGCUCCAAUCUUUCAAUUGGUUUGCACCAACUGUAUUGUACCACUCCAUUUGUAACCACCAACUAUACAAGCUACAUGCAGAACACUUGGAUGGCUGUAGCCAUAUAAGAGUACCAGUCUUUGUAAAUUAUUUACUACCAUAAGUAAUAACAGCCUCAGGAUUCUUUCCAUCUCACAACAAACACACCUAUUAUACACACUGUAGCCAGCUAGUGUACACAGGUUAUAGCAGAUCAUCAUUUGCACAACAUAGUAUGACUUCCCUAAAGGUUUGAGCCAUACAUACUGUAAACUUAAUGUGAGACAUGUUAACAGUACAAGCUGUUGUGAUCAAAUCAAGGUAUAUUCUUAACUCUUUGCAACAGACAUAAAGCACAUAAUGAUUUUGACUCACUAGCACAGUCAGGAAGGCGGGCCUGUUUUCCUCUGUAACACAUGAAACAAUACCAUUAUCAGUUUCACUCAGUAACGUAUGUCUGUGGUCACAGCCACACCCGGAUGGGGUUGCUGGAUUAACUGGCCAUAAGGAAGACAAAAGCAUUUAUUGUUUGAUUAAGCAAAAUGUGCAAAUUUUGUCUGUCCUCUGCUCCAGAGUCAUUUAUUCAGUACUCCAGGCAAGCUAAUUGAAAGGAAUUUAGUUAAUUAUUGAUACAGGUCUGGUCACAUUUUGCAUCAGACACUUUCCUCUGCAGGUAACAUAAUAGCCAGCAAUAAUAUCAGUGACAUAUAAUACAAAAAUAACACAUAUGGUUGCUGAGCCUAAGUACUUUCUUUAAAGUGUGUGAGUAAUGUAGAAAAUGUGCCUCAGUACACCUCGAUGCUUCCAGCUUGCUGAAUGUAACAUAUUCUUUCUCUCCUGCAUGGCUUUUGGAACUGUCAAAAUAGCUCAGACUGAUGUUUUUACUAUGUGUCACUUUGUGAACCAGUUAAAUGUUAGUGGGUUUUGUUUUUCUUUCUUUUGUACUCACAUGCUUUAAGGAAGCUUCGGCUUUUCACUGGAGAAGAACUGUGAGGUUUUUAAUGGUCAAUAAAGAUAGACAUAUCUCCUUUUGCAGUUUUCGUUUUUGCUGAAAAAUAUGUAAUAAAACACUAUUAAAACUA